GGUGAUUUCCUAUGUGGAAUCCCUCAGAAGCUGCCCGGCACGUCACUGUCAUGGACUCCUUCCUGGUCCUGCUGCACUCGCUGUCCAGCAGCCUGUCGAGCAGCGAUCUGAUGGAGCUAAAGUUCCUGUGCCGUGAGCGCGUGGGCAAACGAAAGCUGGAGCGCGUGCAGAGUGGCCUGGACCUGUUCACAGUGCUGCUGGAGCAGAACGAUCUGGAUCGCACACGCACCGGGCUGUUGCGUGAGCUGCUGGCCUCGCUGCGCAGACACGACCUCCUGCAACGCCUAGACGCCUUCGAAGCUGGGACGGCGGCUUCGGCCGCGCCGGGGGAGGCAGAUCUGCGGGUGGCCUUUGACAUCGUGUGUGACAAUGUGGGGAGAGACUGGAAGAGACUGGCCCGUCAGCUGAAAUUGUCUGAUGCGAAAAUUGAUGGGAUUGAGGAGAGGUACCCCCGAAGCCUGAGUGAGCAGGUAAGGGAGGCUCUGAGAGUCUGGAAGUUUGCCGAGAGGGAGAAAGCCACGGUGGAUGGACUGGUGAAGGCACUGCGGGCCUGCCGGCUGAACCUGGUGGCUGACCUGGUGGAAGAAGCACCUCAGGCCCAGGGACCUGUGAGUGACAGUGAGGAUGUGUCCCCAGUGCUAUGGAACUCAACUGUGUCUUCCUCAGAAGCACUGUGACAAGCCUGGCGUCGCUCCUGUCAGGAGUCACUGUGGACUUGAUACACACCGUGAUGCAUCCCCAAGUGCCUUCUGUGCCCAGCACCGUGAAGACUUUGUUGGUCCAGGCCGGAGCCGGCUCACAAGCUUGGGCCAACUCCUGAAGUAAAGCUGUAUGUAUAGAACCUCUGCUCCCUGAGCUUUGGGGACACAGGGAGCUUCCCCUUCAUGUUCUCCACUGUUGCUCCUUCCCUUGAGAGAAGUCCCUGGUCCUGCAAGGAGGAAGUCAGAGCUAAUGACACAUGUGCUGAAAGCCUGAGAGCCCUUCUGUUGUUCAGAGCACUGGGCUGCCUCACAGCUAGCCAUGAGGACAUCUGUCCCAUUUCCUUGGAGGCCAUCAGAGAGCAGCUCCUGACCCCCCAGACAAGUGGUACUUACUUGCAGGAGCCUGGCACAUCAGCUCCUGUGAGAACCGAUUCUAAAAUUCACUACAAAAUUCAGCAAUCACCAAAAUUGCUGCCUCUGGGAAGGACUGUGGUGUAAAGGGCAGCUCCUGGGCUUCACCGUGGCCUUUAAGCAAGUGCCUAGAUGCUGUGGCUCACUCUGAAAUCCUAGCACUUGAGAGUUGAGAAUCACACUCCAUGGCAGCGUGAAUGAGGACUACAAAUGAGACCUUCUCACAAAAACAAAAGCAAGUGUCUUUACCUGGAAACACCCUUGUCACCCAAAAUUUCCACUAUGUUAAGGACCUUCAGAAGUCCAACAGGCUGACUUUACAGCCCUAUGUGCUAAUUGUGAAUGGGGUGGUGGGAUUUCCUGUCUGGUUUGCUUCACACCAGCAGGGGGCCCUAUCUGCCACACUGGGUAGCCAAAUAACCAUUCCUUGUCCCAACUUUCUAACCUUUGGCUGGGUAACCUUUGAUCAUAACACUCAGGGAGGCCGAGAGUGGUGGGUAUCUGAUCUAUGAGUUUGAGGACAGCCUGGUCUACAUAGCAAACUACAGACCAGCUGAGACUAUGUGGAAAGACACUAUCUCAGAAAUUCAUGUCUAGAGUUGAGGCUCCUAGACACAGGGCUUACCUGACAAAGUGGAGAGCUUCACCUUACUGUCCUAAACCUAGUAUUUGCUUCACAAGGGACCAGCCUGGGCCUGUGCUCAAACAUCAAUCAACCAUUUCUUGGCACUGAGGUCCUGUGCCCUCAUUUCCCUUUUUCUGCUCUCCCCAACCCACCCCCCAUUAUUGUUGGUCCCUUCACUACUGCAUUCCUUUGGCUGCACCCCCGCCCCCCCCCCCCAGCCUCUAGCCUACUGUACUUUUCAGCCUAGCACCUAUCCAUCUUUCUGUUCUGCCUUGCUCAAACUCUUGGUCACCAAGGCCUCUCCUGACCAAUCUGGGGACUCAUCCUGUUUACUCUGACCCUGUGUCCCACCUGCCUGCAGCCACUACCCUUUUAUCUUGACUCCCUAGAAUAUGUGUAGGCCUGUCCAAGGUCUCUGGUGGGUGUUUGCCAUGGUCCUCUCCAACCCCAACCCCCCCCCCCAUUUUGAGGCUUUUUGGUUUGUUUUGAGGCAGGGUGUCAUGUAACCCAAGUAUAACUUAGAUUGGCCUCAAGCUCACAGAGUAACUGAAGUGACCUUGAAAUCCUUCCCGACCAUCCUGCCUCUGCUUCUCAAGUGCUGUGAUUACCAGUGUGUCAGCCUUACAAGUCCUUAGGGCCCAUACUCUAGGCAGCCUGGGAAACCCUCCUGAGACUUGCUGAUGCCCUUUAAGUGUCCUGUGGCAAGUCACAGGUUGAUGGACUUGGGUGUCACUUUUUUUUUUUUUUUUUAAACAACUCAGGAGUACAGAGCUCAGUUCAGAUGUGAGCAGGCCUGUGUCCUUUGAGGUUUAAGAGAAUGUUCCCUGGCUUUUUGAGCCUUCUCAUUGUGUCACUUGUUGCAUUCCCCUCCCCUCUUCAAAUGACAGUUUAGUAUUGGGUCUUGGUUGCUGCUGCUACAGGACUUGUGGGCCACCAGAGGAAUUUAUCCCUAUGUACAGAGUCCCUUCAGCCAUUGUGGGGAAUUAAAACAUGAGUAUCAUCAGGGUUCAUACCCCCACAAAUCUCUGCAUCGCCCCAGCUUGUGCCCAGUCUUGCCCUGAACACCUCUGCAUAAUCCCACCCCCUGUUAACGGCCAGUCAGAGCCCUGCACUCACAGAUGACUCUGUCCACCUUGCCUGCCCUUCACUCCUCAGCUGCUAGCAGGACCUUGGCUCUUGCCCAUCCCCCACCAAGGGUUAGAACCACAGACCCGCCUGUUCCUAGAAGCCAGCCACCCUGCAUAUUUUUAGCUUCCUAUUUUUGAAUUCUACAAUCAUUUCUGAGUCAUCCAGCUGACUGCCUUCUGGUCACAAGGUCCCUGUGGGAACUAUGUUUCAAACGAGACGGUGGAACAUGAUGUGAUGGAAUGUGUGAUGUAGCCACCAUGGACCAUGGCCUUCCAGUAGCUGAUGCAGAGGCAGUACUAGUUUGCUAGAAGAUGUGGGCUAGGAAGCCCAUGGAAUCUUGAGUGCUAAGUGGAGGCUGGCCUGAGGGAUAUUUGCCUGCCACAAGACUCAUCAAGGCUCCACUGAGCUAAAGUCAAGUGACACAGCCUUGAGUUUGUUUUGGUACGCCCAGAACAGGACAGCAUAGUGGGCAUGUGCAUGGAGGUCCCCAGCAAAACCAAAAUGGACUGCAGAGAUGAUGUAUAUAGUCCCUGUCCAUCAAAAUAAGGUGGACAUGCUGCUCAUACCUGGUAUCCCAACACUGAAGCAGGAGGAUUGCUGAAAUUUUAAGACCAACCUGAACUAAAUAGAUCUCAUCUCAAAAAGCCACAUGUAGUAUGGUGUAUACACCUAUAAUCCCAACAUUUGGGAGGCUGAGUGAAAGGAUCAGUUCCAGGUAUGGUCUCUCCCUGAGUCCAAGUCCAGUCUAAGUUGCAUGAGACCCUGUUUGAAAAAACCACCAACCUCACUGCCAAAAUUACCCCACACUGCAUAUUUGGGUAGGUACAGACUCCUAUAGAGUGUAGAAGACAACAGUCCCUGCGCUCAGUGGUGACUGCAGCAGGCUUUUCAUUUAUUGGUGGUCAUGCGGUCUGGGAGAUUUCAGUCCAGUUUUUUAUAUGGCAGAGUUCCACUGUUAGUGAAAGCCUGGGACAGUGGCACUUUUUCCCAUGGGUCUCCUGGCCGGAAGCAAUAGGACACAGCUAGUGUCCUCCAUAUAAGGUCAUCAGUCAUCACACAUUCACCACAUUCCUCUCCCUCACCUGCUCACAGCUAAAACCCAGCUCAUACACCCAACAGCAGCUGAAACUGCCACCAACUUGACCAUCAACUCCAGGCUAAUCUUGUUUUUGUGUCCUUGAGGGACCAAUUCAGACCCAUCCCAGCAGCUUCUGAGUAAAAUCUUUGCUUCAUGGGAGUUUGCACAGACACAUUGAAAGACCCAAGUGUGCCCUGGUUUCCCACCAGGUUGGAAAAGCACAUGCAAAGAUUCUGAGGUUUCUUUUCUCUGGAAGGUCAACUUUGGCAGGGAUAGUUAUCCUCUGGGGACAAGUGUGUUGGUGUUAUGCCCAUCCAUGGUUCCCCUAUAGCCCUGGCCUAGGACAAAGAUGCUCCCCACUUGCCAUAUUACCUCAGCAUCCCCCCCCCAAGGGGGAGUGAAACUCCCCAAACAAAUCAGUGGCUGCUUGUACACACUCAUGCUGCAACAGGCCCCCAGACAACACAGCUGAGGCCUGGUUUAUGUGGUGCUGGGACUGGAACCAGGGGCUUUGUGCAUGCUAGGCAAGCACUUUACUGAGCUAUACCGAAGCCUGCAUUGGGGAAGCAUGCUGAGACCAUGCCAACUCCCAGGGACCACUGUACAUAAGCCAUACUCCUGCCCCUAAGAGGCCUUGCUCCAGGCACAACUGCUUUAGACAACCUGUUAGGCCCAAGCCUGGAUUCCUUCAUUGACUGCAACCAACCCUUGGAAUUCAGUGGGAAGUCGGUUACUGGAAACUGCUGUGAUUACUACAGAUACAAUGUUCCAUUUGAGUGCUACACCCUUGUGGUAACACCCUUUACUUCUUCCUGAUAUUGCAACAGUAGGCCCAAUAAAAGGCUUUUCUCUACAAGCAGGAGCAGCCACUGCUCCACAGCAGCAAUUUUAGCAGCAGGAGGCCAGGGCAAGAGACUGGUCACUACAGGUUCCUGGGAGCUGCCAGCUCUUGAAGAUGCAGGUACCCAGAGUUUAGAAGCUGUAGAAUAGCCACUGCUAAUGCUGCUAUUGCUGGCUGUCCCUGGGAGGUGUGUCCAACUUUCAGGCCAUGGGGCACAUGCUAAAGUUUGUUAUUGGGUGUGUGGGCAUUCCUACCAUAAUGUGCAGGUGGGGGCCGGCCAGGGAACAGUUUGGUGACAUUAGUUUUACCAUCUUUUUGUAGGUUCUGAGGAUAGAACUCAGGUUGCCAGGUUUGAACAGCAAGUGCCUUUACCUGACAAUUCAUCUUACCUGCCUUAAGGAGGUUUCUUGGUUUUUGUAUUUUUGUUGAUGUUUGUUUGUUUGUUGAUUUGAUUAUAAUUCUGGAGUGAGUUUUGGAGAUAACAUCUUCUCUGGAGUCUAAAGGUUGGACACUGCCCCCUAAGCCAUCAGUCUCAGCCUUUGAGGCCUGUAGUCAUCCCUGUCUUGGAGGGGCAUGAAGCUCUAAGCCUAUCUCUUGUAGCACUGUCCCAGCCUUCACUUCCUGGUGGCUCUAUACUACAGCAUUCUGGCUGGUAUAUCUGGUGAGGACAUUGUGCUUGUAACCUUCAAGUACCUCUCUAGCUUCAGGUUCAGCUGAAGGAGCAAGAGGAGACUCGGCCAGUGUGAAACAACUAGGGUGGCAUAUGUGGACAAUGGUGGGAAGGGUGUUCAGUGACAGCAGCAGGGAGCAAUCUGGGGAGCAAUCCAGGCUUGGCACAGGAAGGAUGCUGGGCUGGUGGUCUUGGGUUCUAUAAGAAAGCAGACUGAGCAAGCCAGUAAGCAGUACCCUUCCAUGGCCUCUGCAUCAGGUUUCUGUCCUGUUUUGAGUUCCUGUCCUGACUUCCUCCAGUGAUGGACUAUGAUGUGGAAGUGUAAGCCAAAUAAACCCUUUUCCUCUUCAA